AUGGAGUUUCUGAGCGAGAAGUUUGCCCUCAAGAGCCCGCCGAGUAAAAACAGUGACUUCUACAUGGGCGCAGGAGGCGCAUUGGAGCACGUUAUGGAGACGCUGGACAAUGAGUCCUUUUACAGCAAAGCGUCGGCGGGCAAAUGCGUGCAGGCCUUCGGGCCCCUGCCCCGCGCCGAGCAUCACGUGCGCCUGGAGAGAACCUCGCCCUGUCAGGAGAGCAGCGUGAACUAUGGGAUCACUAAAGUAGAAGGACAGCCUCUUCACACAGAACUAAAUAGAGCUAUGGACAACUGUAAUAGUCUCCGGAUGUCUCCCGUGAAAGGGAUGCCAGAAAAGGGAGAACUGGAUGAACUUGGGGAUAAAUGUGACAGCAACGUAUCCAGCAGUAAGAAGCGGAGGCACCGAACCACCUUCACCAGCCUGCAGUUGGAAGAGUUGGAGAAGGUCUUUCAGAAAACCCAUUACCCGGACGUAUACGUCAGAGAGCAACUUGCUCUGAGGACAGAGCUCACGGAGGCCAGGGUGCAGGUUUGGUUUCAAAAUCGAAGGGCCAAGUGGAGAAAAAGAGAACGUUAUGGCCAAAUACAACAAGCUAAAAGCCAUUUUGCUGCCACCUAUGAUAUAUCAGUUUUGCCAAGGACUGACAGCUAUCCACAGAUUCAGAACAAUUUGUGGGCAGGAAAUGCGAGUGGUGGUUCUGUGGUUACUUCAUGCAUGUUACCACGUGACACUUCCUCCUGCAUGACACCUUAUUCUCACUCGCCUCGGACAGAUUCCAGUUACACAGGGUUUUCAAACCACCAGAACCAGUUCAGCCACGUGCCCCUCAACAAUUUUUUCACUGACUCUCUUCUUACUGGGGCUACCAAUGGACAUGCAUUUGAAACAAAGCCAGAAUUUGAAAGGAGGUCUUCCAGUAUCGCAGUUCUUCGAAUGAAAGCCAAGGAGCACACUGCCAAUAUUUCAUGGGCCAUGUAACAUACAGUACUCUUUUAUUUUUCUUUUAAUGGCAAAGUAAAACAUUCUAUUUCUCAUAUUUAAAGGAUACCACAAUAAGCUGCUGUGUGUGGAAUUGCUAAAGGUCAAGGUAUACAGUGAGACCAGCUUAAAUGAAUAGUUGUUAUUAUUUAACAUUAAAAUCUAAGAAUGAACCUCUGAAAAGACUAAAUAGAUUUACCAUCCAUCAGUCUCCACAAACUCUGUUUUAGUAGUAAAUUUUUUUCUAUUGUACGAGUCGAUGAAAUAUGAUCAUGCAACUUCUUAAAAGAAUAAAUGUAUUAAACAAAUUCCUCUGUUAUAGAUUGAUUUAUGUCAAUUUUGUAUAACAAGAAAUCCCUUGUAAAAUAAUAUCUGAUAAAGGAGGAAAUGCACUGGGGAAAAUGUCAAGAUACCAAAGCUGUCAGGUAAAUAUUGAAGCAGGGUGUUUCGGGGAGUUGACUGUUAUUUCUCCCUCUCUGGCUCCAAGACACAACGGUCAUAUCUCCUGUUGCUGAGAAUUUAUCUUCAGGCCUCAAAGAUUUUUUUUACCCCUGGCUGUUUUCAUGAAUUUCCACCCCAUGAAAUAGAACUCUUCUAAAAUGGCCAGCAUUUGCAUGAAAUAUUUGGGCAUAGUUUCCCAAAACCAUGUGGAUAAAGGUGAUAACUGAAAUAUUCCGGUGUGAUUUAAAAUAUAGUCAUGAGAAUAGUUUCUAUAAAUGCUACCUUUUAAAUGAAAAAGUCAGCACCAACUCAGUGAAAAAGCCAACACCAACUCACCACACCGACUUAGUGUCACACACUAGAAAAAGAGUAAGUUACAAAACCUACUGCUUUUAAGCUAAAAUUGUGUCAAUUCAACUGUACACACAAACAUCUAAUAAAUACACUAAAAGAAAACUUUUUUGACAUGUCACAUUAUGCUUUAUUAUAUUA